CGGCAGCGAAUCGGCUUCUCCCACGUGACUUCCUUCAUGUGUUUCGUUUCCUGAUUACUAAACAACAAAUGCACCUUAACCGUAGAAAACAAAACAAAACACGGCUUUAAAACGGCGUUGUCUUGUUUUGUUUGUUGCGUGUUUAAAGCUUAGCCGUACGGACCCGUUAGCAGGACGACGACGUUUAGCUCGGUAGUUGUCAUGGUAACUCUUGCCUGAAUGUAUUCCAGCUAGCUAGCAGCCCGAAAGUAUCCACUUUUAUGAGGGGUUUAUCCCUCCGGCGCCGGUCCCAAACAUGAGGAGAAUAUCCAGGAAGAAAGCCCUGACUCUGGUGAAGGAAUUGGAUGCUUUUCCCAAAGUGCCCGAGAGCUACGUGGAGACAACAGCCAGCGGAGGGACAGUGUCUCUGGUAGCUUUCUCCCUCAUGGCUGUCCUCGCCUUCCUGGAGUUCUUUGUGUACAGAAACACGUGGAUGAACUAUGAAUACGAGGUGGACAAAGACUUCACCAGCAAACUCAGGAUAAAUGUGGACAUCACAGUAGCCAUGAGGUGCCAGUACAUAGGAGCAGAUGUCCUGGAUUUGGCAGAGACUAUGGUUGCUUCAGAUGGUUUAAAAUAUGAACCAGUCAAGUUUGAACUCCCACCUGAGCGAAAACUGUGGCACAUGACUCUCCUCCACAUCCAGGAGCGUCUCCGAGUGGAGCACUCUUUGCAGAACGUGCUCUUCAAGUCUGCAAUGAAAGGACCUUCUCCUGUUCCCAGUCAAAGUGAGGACACCUCCAGUUCACUCAGUGCCUGCAGGAUACACGGGCACCUGUAUGUCAACAAAGUGGCGGGGAAUUUCCACAUCACUAUUGGAAAGUCCAUACCGCACCCUAGAGGUCACGCCCAUCUAGCUGCACUAGUCAGCCAUGACUCUUACAACUUCUCUCACCGGAUUGACCACUUAUCUUUUGGGGAAGAGAUCCCAGGACUGAUCAACGCUCUGGAUGGCACAGAAAAGAUCACUACUGACGCAAACCACAUGUUUCAGUACUUCAUCACCAUUGUACCCACCAAGCUAAACACCUACAAGGUGUCUGCAGAAACCCACCAGUACUCGGUCACCGAGCGGGAGCGAGUUAUAGACCACGCAGCAGGCAGCCACGGAGUCUCUGGGAUCUUCAUGAAGUACGACAUCAGCUCACUGAUGGUCAAAGUCACAGAGCAGCACAUGCCUCUCUGGCAGUUCCUCGUCAGACUCUGUGGCAUCAUUGGAGGCAUAUUUUCCACGACAGGCAUGAUCCACGGCAUGGUGGGAUACCUGGUCGAUGUGGUGUGCUGCCGUUUCCAAAUGGGGAUCUACAAACGUAUAAAUGCUCCCCUGGACGGUCAAGCAGACGGUCAGAUGGUAGCUCCUACAGGAAGUUACUCUGAGCAAUGACAGGAAACGCUCCCUCUGAGCCAGGGGCUACAACCAGAUGCUGCGUUUACGCUGUUCAAGUUUACAAACUCCAACCUGUUUGUAAUUUCCUUAAUGGUAGAACAUUUUUUUUAUUGUCAGUGAAACAGAAAUCAGAAAACUAGUCAUGCACUUGGAAGAGAUUGUAAUUCAAUUUCCAGGAAGCUGACAGUUUAAUAGACAAACCAUGUUGGCCCAGUGUUUGUUGAAUUUUUAGGCUAAUUUAACUUUUUUUUUUUUUUUUUUUUUUUUUACAACUUUACAGCAAAUCCUUUACAUCUGUUGAAAAAAAAACGUUUCAGAUUUAUGGAUAUUUCAGAAAACCUGUAUUGGUGUACUGUGCCUUUAAGGGUGAAUAUUAUAGGAAAGGGGUUGUGUUGUGGGAGGAUGAUGUGUGAAUUAUAAUUACUGACUUUCAAACUGACAACGGUGCUCUCUUGGUUGAAAACUGCAUCACUUUUAGUUGCAAGAAAUUAUUUAUUGAUAACCUAAUAAUUUGUGACACAACAUUGGUGAUUGUGAAGAAUUUAAAGUCUGCCUUUUUGCAGGAUCUUAAGAGGUUUUUGUCAUUUUCUUGGGUCUACCUCCUGAAGUCAGGAGUUAGGGUUAGGGGGUUAGUGUGAAACUGCUUUUUAUUAUGCCAUGUUUUUUAUACAUGGGUAUAAACUUAAGUGAAGGGAAACUUAAAAUCCUGUCACAUUUAUGAUGGUUUAUGAUUCGCGUAUUUUGUUUGUAUUGUGAUAAAGGGUGUAAAAUUGA